AUGGCUGAGUCCUCCACAAACUCCCUUGGCCUUGACUUCAACAAUCUUUCCAUUAAAGAGACAGCUGAACCUCCUCAGACUGAUGCAGAUGAGUCACAGGCGCUAGAAAAUCAGUCAGCAGAUGUAGAAUCAAAGGACGUGAAGGAGAAAAAGAAGCCUUAUGUGAACCCUGAGCGCGUCAAGACGGGUGGAGCACAGAGGGAAAAACUCAGUGAAGAAGCGCUUGCUGAACGGAUGCAGCGUAUCAAGGAGCAGAACGAGAAAAUCAAACAACGCAGAAUUGACGUACAAGCGGACGAAGACGCGUUCAAGAAGACCCAGGAAGCCGACCGUGUGCGUCAAGCCUACCAGCGCAAAGUGCAGGAGGGCGUUGACCGCACCCGUGAGCAGAAUGCUCGGAGAAAACUGGACAAGAUUCAAAACCGUGAAUGGGACUCUGGAAAGUCCCCAGCUGACUGGAAACAGGCGAGGAACCCUGCAACAGCUGAUGGAUCUGCAGCAGCUCCAAGUGUCUCGCCGUCUGAACACAGGGGAGGGAGAGGACGAGGAAGUGGCAGAGGAGGUUCAUCGAGAGGGCGCGGGCGCGGACGUGGAGGUCCAUCUGCAGCUGGAUUUUCCAGCCCGGCCAAUGACACUCAGGUUGCUGAUACCACUUCAACCACCAACGAGGCUACCCCCGCCGCGUCUGGGGAACCCGAGGCAGUUGGAAUUGCUUCAUGA